GAACAAAACAUUCAUCUGCAUAAAAUGUCUUUCUCUUACACGUCAAAGUUUUCGACUUUCCUUCUGCUCUCUAUAUUUCUAGGGAGCACUUCAAUAGUCUCCGCUGAUUUCAACAAUGAGUUUGAUAUCACUUGGGGUGAUGGCCGUGGUAAAAUACUAAAUGGCGAACUCUUAACCCUUUCCCUCGAUAAAUCAUCUGGCUCAGGCUUUGAGUCAAGAAACGAGUAUCUGUUUGGCAAGAUUGAUAUGCAGCUGAAGCUGGUUCCCGGUAACUCCGCAGGCACAGUCACUGCCUACUAUUUGUCUUCAAAAGGAUCGAACUGGGAUGAGAUCGACUUUGAGUUCCUGGGUAACUUGAGUGGUGAUCCCUAUAUUCUUCAUACAAAUGUAUUCAGUCAAGGCAAAGGCAACAGAGAACAGCAAUUCUACCUGUGGUUCGAUCCAACUGCUGAUUUCCACACUUAUUCCAUCCUUUGGAACCCUCAACGAAUCAUAUUUUCUGUUGAUGGAACACCCAUUAGAGAGUUCAAGAAUUCCGAAUCUAUUGGAGUUCCGUUUCCAAAAAAUCAGCCCAUGAGAAUACACUCUAGCUUAUGGAAUGCUGAUGAUUGGGCGACCAGGGGUGGGUUGAUUAAAACCGAUUGGAGUCAAGCCCCGUUCACAGCAUCCUACAGAAACUUUAGGGCCGAUGCUUGUGUGGUGUCUUCUGGGAAAUCGUCUUGUGGUGGCUCUGCAUCUUCCGGUGGCAAUCAGGCAUGGCUAUCCGAGGAGUUGGAUAACACAAAGCAGGAAAGGUUACAAUGGGUGCAGAAGAAUUACAUGAUCUACAACUACUGCUCUGAUUCCAAGAGAUUUCCUCAAGGGUUUCCUCCAGAAUGCAAAAUGGCAUAAGAAGUAUUCUGUGUACAAUGAUACGCUGGACCUCCGUAUAUAUUCUUCUAUGUAUUUGAUGC